AUGGCCCCAAAGAAGGAAAAAAGUCAUCUGAAACGAGGCCGGCCCAGUGCGGGAAACCAAGCACUUCAAGAGGCGAAAAAACCACGACGCUCAGAGCGGAUAUCGUCUCAAUCCCAAUUCCAAUCCACCAACUUCAACAACGUGUAUCUGCCCUCCCCGCUCACCCACGAAGAGUCCACGGCUACCGAACUGCAAAACGAAACGACUGUGGCCCCGUUCGAAGGCCGUCGCAGCCAAUUCCGUCAUCACACCCCGGUUGCUGAACUGCCCUUCUCAUCCCCUCCCGGUGAUACUCAAGCCCUCUCCCAAUUUGUUUACCCCCCAAGAGCCCUUGCAGAUGAAGUGGAUGACGAGGCCGCCGAGGGGAUCUGGGGCUACCUUAUUCCUCUCGAUGACAAGUUCGGAGACCCAUUGGUUUUGAAAAAGAGAGACCCUUGCUCUUUGCCUGCCGGGCGACAAGCAAAUCGCAGAAAUGGACCCUCAAGAUCAAAACGAGGCAAAACCCAAUUAGAAACCCCUGCUUCCCAAGAUCAUACCGGUGGCUAUCUCAUCGGGCGCCAUUCGGAAUGCGAUUUCGUCCUUGAUAUACCCACCAUAUCCAAUCGGCAUUGUUUGAUAUACAACGAAAACAAACGAGGUGAUUCCGUCGCCGUGCUGGAAGACCUGUCCAGCAACGGGACAUUUAUCAACGAGGCAAUCGUGGGGCGCAAUAAACGCCGCGAGCUAGAGGAUGGAGAUGAAGUAACCGUGCUGGAUGAAGCGCGUUUUGUCUUUCGCUAUCCGAAAAUAAGAGACACUAACAAAUUCCGAAAGCAAUAUCGCAUCCUGCAACAGCUAGGGAAGGGCCAUUUCGCCUCUGUAUACCUGUGUGUAGAGAGGUCGACCGGUGACAAAUAUGCAGUGAAGCGUUUUGAGAGACGCCCGGGAGACUCACAGCGAGCCGACAAUGAUGGUUUAAAGCAGGAAAUUGCGGUACUCAUGAGCGUGAAUCACCCGAACGUACUCUGUCUGAAGGACACCUUCGACGAGAGCGAUGGUGUCUACUUAGUCCUCGAACUUGCCCCCGAAGGCGAGCUAUUCAAUUGGAUUGUUUCGAAUCAAAAACUUACGGAAAAUGAAGCCCGAAAGGUUUUCACUCAAUUGUUCAAGGGUCUCAAAUAUCUUCAUGAGCGGAACAUUGUCCACCGGGACAUUAAGCCGGAGAAUAUCCUGUUGGUAGAUGAUAAGCUUACCGUGAAGUUUAUUAUAUAUUCCAGUUGUCCCAGCGAGACAGCCGAUAAUAAUGAACAAACCACAAACCUGAAAUUGCUAACGAUAAUCCCGAACAGAUGUGGCACACCCAGCUAUGUUGCUCCUGAAAUUCUCGAAGAAAAUCCGCGCCAUCGGAAAUACAGCCGGGCAGUGGACAUCUGGUCUCUUGGCGUGGUGUUAUACAUCUGCCUCUGCGGCUUCCCGCCGUUCUCCGACGAACUCUACACGCACGAAAACCCCUACACGCUGGCUCAGCAAAUCAAGCUGGGCCGCUUCGACUAUCCCUCUCCCUACUGGGAUUCAGUCGAGGACCCAGCACUCGAUCUCAUCGACCGAAUGCUCACUGUUGACUUCAACAAGCGCAUCACCAUCGACGAGUGCCUGGAGCAUCCGUGGUUGACGGGGCGCGGCAAGUACCCGAGCAUCAUCGACAGCACAGACGGCCUGACGGGUGCAAUGGGCCAGCUUGAUUUCUCGAAGCGUAAAAUGGCGCGCGAACGCACUUUGAUAAGUAGCAUUAAUAUUCUACCAUCAAGCCAGAUUGUUGGAGAUCUAGCAACCGGAGGACAUGGGUAUAAACCGGUGAGAGUAUUCGACAGGAACGAAGCGAGCAGACGAAUGCACCAUGCGCCGAGGGGUGGUGGUGGUGGUGGUGGGCGUGUGCGGCAGGAACCCACACCCGCCUCAAAUAGGGAUCCAGCCCACUUCAUGAAUUUGGGUGGGCGUGGAGAUCCGACAUUAUACAGCGAUGAUCAGGACGAGAGGUACACCCGGGGACGACGGAGGUGA